GUUCGUUUCGAAUGCAGAAGAUCCCGGCCGCGCUGCUGGCCGUCGUCGUCGCGGCCAGCGCGCCGCUCUUUCCCUCGGACCAUGUUAACGUCACGAGCAUGACAAAUGCCACCUUUUACGCGCUGCUCGAAGGCCCCGAGCCAUGGAUCAUUGAUUUCUAUCACCCCUACUGCGCCCACUGCGUCGAGUACGCGGUCGAGGUCACGUCGAUCGCCGCGCACUUUGCGUCGCAACGGGCUGUGCGCGUCGGCGCCGUGAGCUGUCUUGAAGCCAAGGACCUCUGCGCGGCGCAGCACAUGGCGGCCUUUCCGGCCAUCGGCUAUUACAACUUUGGCCUCGGCCGCGGCCUCAAUUAUGUGGACGCUGGCGCACCCCUCCUUGCAGACGUUGUACAGACCGUGCAGACGCUGCAGAAAGGCUUCCACCCCGCCGACCCGAAGGUCGACCACCGACCGUUGGUGCUGCAGUAUCAACCCUUUUCGCCUUGGACGCGGUCCCACGACGCGGUCGCCGCCUUCCUCUUUGGCCUCCACCACCACGUCUUUUACCAGCGAGCGACCUUGCGCCCGGCGCUAUUGGCUGCGCUCUGCGAGUGGAUACACCUCGUGGCAGACGCGAUGACGCACGGCAGUCAUCGUCGCGCUGUGCUUCGUCUGCAUGCCGCGCUGCGCCGCAAGACGACGCUCGAGGCCGACGAAUGGCAGCAGCUCCUCGCGCAGUGGGCCGCGAGCACCGACGACGCUCUUUUCCACGGCGACGGCUCGACGUACUUGGCGUGUACGUCGUACAACUGCGGUCUCUGGAUGCUGCUCCACCGCAUGAGUCUCUCGCCUGCGCCGACCCGCCUCGUGCCGACGCUGCAGCUGUUCAUGCAGCACUUUGGGCACUGCCCGCCGUGCCGCGCCUUCCUAGAGACGUACCAUUCGAUCGAGACACUGGAGAUACUCCAGCACGCGCCGCGACCCGCGAUCGCGUUGCAUAUGUGGCGACUGCACAACGCUAUCAACAGCAUCGCGCGCUCGGCGUGGCCUUCACAAGAUGAGUGCCCGCAAUGUCGAUCGACGACCGACUGGGAGGAAGCGGCGGUUCUCACGUACCUUCACGCGACCUUUGCGACCGCCGAUGCACCCCAUCUUCGCGACGCAACCGGGAUGGCGCCACCGUGGUGGCUGCCAUGGCUAGGUCUCGGAGCUGCAAGCGGUGCUGCCGUCGCCGGCCUUAUAUGCUUCAAGAGCCGUCGACCCAACCAAAGUAGUACCAAGUUGUCUUGAGACGAUAGGAAACUACAAUAUUGUCUUGAGCCGACACGACAUGAUGGCAAUCUAUCAGUGUUUCAAGGUAGUGAAAACAGGUUUAAGGUUUAAAAUGAUGUAAAAUGCUAGACAGCACUUCUGCGAU